ACUACCUGAAGCUACUGUAGCUCAUGCAUGGUUCCAGUGAAAAGUUGCUUGAGUCACCUUAGGUCGUUUCUUUAUGUAGUUGCUUUUGUGAGAUACGACGGCAUCUUUUAUAUACAACGGAAUAUUGUUUUGUUAUAAAUAUGUGUGCAAUAAAAAAAUUUGAAACAAUAUAAGAUGAAGUAUUUUCGAAGUUACACAUUCAGUACGUUAAUUGAAAUUUAACCAACAGUAGUAUUGUGUUUUAACCGUGUGAUCAAUUGGAUGAAAUUAUCGAAACAUACUUCUCUCUUGUGAACGUUAAUUAUGGCGAACGAAGUGCAAAUGAAUGAAGUGCAAAUGAACGAAGAAUUUGAACCAGUGACAAUCGCCAUGAAUGUAGACAAAUCGGUAGUUGAAGAAUUGGCAGAGGCAAAGAAGGAAAUAGCAAAUCAAUAUUAUUCUCUGAAACAAUACAAGAAAGCAUUAAUCGGGUACAAUGAAGUUAUUGAAAUGUGUUCAGAUGAACCACGUUAUUAUGGUAACAGAGCAGCAUGUUAUAUGAUGCUUGGCCUAUAUCGUAACGCUUUAGUUGAUGCUAAAAAGUGCAUUGAAUUGGACCCAAUGUUUCUCAAAGCAUAUGUCAGGGUUAUUAAAUGUUCUUUGAUUUUGGGUGAUAUCAUAGAGGCUGAGACUAAUAUAUCAAAACUUUUGGAACUAGAUCCUGACAAUAAAACAAUAACAUCAGAACAAAAGGAUUUAGAGUAUAUACAGAAAUAUUUGAAAGAUGCAGACGCUGCUUAUGCAGUGAAAGAUUUCCGUAAGGUUGUAUAUUGUAUGGAUCGAUGUUGUGAUGUAAGCACAUCUUGUACAAGAUUCAAAUUGAUCAAAGCUGAAUGUCUUGCAUUUUUAGGGAGAUACGAAGAAGCACAAGAAAUUGCCAAUGACAUUUUACAUAUUGACAAACAAAAUGCAGAUGCUAUUUAUAUUCGUGGUAUGUGUUUAUAUUUUCAAGAUAGUGUUGAUAGAGCUUUUGCACAUUUCCAACAAGUAUUAAGAUUAGCGCCUGAUCAUGAUAAAGCAUUGGAUAUUUACAAGAGAGCAAAAGCUUUAAAAAAGAAGAAAGAAGAUGGAAAUGCUGCAUUUAAAAUGAAACGCUAUCAAGAAGCAUAUGAUUUAUUUACAGAGGCUUUAACUAUAGAUCCCCAAAAUGUAAUGACAAAUGCGAAACUUCAUUUUAAUAAAGCAACAGCAGCUACUAAAUUAGGACGAAUAAGAGAAUCGAUCACAGAAUGCACAGAAGCUUUAAAACUUGACGAAAAUUAUUUAAAAGCUUUACUUAGGAGAGGAUCGUCUUAUCUGGAAUUAAAUGAAUAUGAAGAAGCUGUUCGUGACUUUGAGAAAGCAUGUAAAAUAGAUAAUAGUCGUGAAAAUAAGAGAUUCCUCACUGGAGCGAAAAUGGCAUUGAAAAAGUCUAAAAGGAAAGAUUAUUAUAAAAUAUUAGGUAUCGAUAAAAAUGCAUCAACCGAUGAUAUUAAAAAAGCAUAUAGAAAACGGGCUAUGGUCCAUCAUCCAGAUCGUCAUGCUAAUGCAACUGAAGGGGAAAAGAAGGAACAAGAAAAAAAAUUUAAAGAAGUUGGAGAAGCAUAUGGUAUUUUGUCAGACCCCAAAAAACGUUUACGUUAUGAUAGUGGCCAUGACAUGGAUGAUACUGAUAAUAACAUGCAAGAUGUGGAUCCUCGUGGAAUGUUUCCAACCUUUUUUGCUCAAGAUGGGGGCUUUCAAUUUCGAACUGAAUUUUACAAUGGUUACAGUUUUCAUUUGGGUUAAUAACAUUCCAAAGCACAUCAUGAUAUCACAGUAUAUCGUAUUAUCAUCUUAGUUUAUUUAAUAUAAAAAUAUAAUGUUUUACCCUUUGCAGUCAUAUAUAUUUAUUGGUCUUGAUAUUUAGAUCACCAUGUACAAAGUUGUAUACUUAUAGUAGAUUAUUUUUUAUAAAUUUGCUUUUUUUUGUUUUUUUUUCUUUUUUUUUUUUUUUUAUUCAUAAAUAAGCAAAUUCUCAUUAUUUCCAAAUAUCAUAAAUACAAUGUUUUUCACAAAAACAAAAAGAAAAAAAUGAAAAUCAAUUGAGUAAUACGAUAAUAUUUAACUUACAUUCUUUUAAAAAUACUUUCUCUAAUCCAUCUAAUUUGCAUGAUACUACAAUUCGUUUAUUCUAUUUCAUGAUAUUCUUAGAAUUAAAUAUAGUAAAUGAAAUGCAUAGAAAAAUUAUACAUUGAAGCCCUGUUAUUGUUAUUAUAAAUGAUAAUAAAAAUUUACAGCUAUACUAUA